AUGAAAUCAACUAAACCAAUUAAUAUUAAAUCAUAUUUAAUUGAACAAUUAACAAAACAUCUUAGUGAUGCUAAUGCACCAUUACAAGCAUUUUGUCAUCGAGUAAAAAUAAUAUUGAUAUUAGAAAUACAAGCAAUUAAAGCAAUGAAAGAAGAAAAUAUUUAUACUAUAUUAAACAAUCCAAAUUUUGAUAUAGCUCGAACAUCAAAGGGUCUCUCGGAUACAUUUUACAGUUUAUCAAUAACACCAACUGAUAUUGAACAAGUUAUUCAAAUUACAGGUCCUGAGGUUAUUUUACUUAAUUUUGGUGAACAAACAGCAUUAAAUUGUGGUAUUCAAUUACAUGAAUUAGGUAUUCUUCAAAAAUAUUCAUCUGUUCUAUUUAGUGCUACUUUUCCUGAGACUGAUCGUAUAUCAGGUUUUGUCGAGGAUCGUGAAGAAUUAAUUUCUUUAGUUACUUCACUCUUAACUAAUUCAUCACAAUUAUUAAUUGAUAAAUCACUUAAAGAUUAG